AUGGCAGCGUUCUUUGGACCUACGACAGACAACAGCAAGAAGCCGCCGCGCUUCCGCGACGACCGCAUCAUCCUUCACUUUGACCUCGACUGUUUCUACGCUCAGGUCGUCGAGAACCGGAACCCGCACCUCAAGCACCAGCCCCUCGGCAUUCGCCAAAAAGGCCUGCUCGCCACCUGCAAUUACGUCGCGCGCGCCCGCGGCGUGUCCAAGCUCAUGUCCCUCCCCGAAGCGCGGCGCGCAUGUCCUGAGCUAAUUCUCGUCGACGGCGAGGACCUUACCCCGUUCCGGCAGGCGUCCAAACGUGUAUAUACCUUAUUGAGGGCGCAUUCUUGGAACGAUAGAGUUGAAAGACUUGGGCUGGACGAGGUGUUUAUGGAUGUGACAGACGUUGUGGGGUGGAAUGUGGGGGUGCUGAAUCGGUUUGAUUUGAGACGGUCGUGGUUUUGUUUGGAGAGGGGAGAGCCGGAACGAGGGUUUAGUUUCGAUGCGCGGGAGUUUGCGGGGUGCGUGCAUUACCAUGGAGAGGGGGAACCCCCUGGGGAUGAGGUUGACGAGGAGGGGGUGGUGAAGAAGGUAGAUACCCUCCGCAUGCGGUUGCUUGUGGCGUCGCAUCUGGCGCGGUAUCUCAGGGAGAAGAUCGAGAAAGAGGAAGGGUACACUUCCUCCUGUGGGAUCUCCACCAAUAAGGUCCUCGCGAAGUUGGUCGGGGGCAAGAAUAAGCCUCGUAACCAAACAACCCUCCUCGCGCUCCGCCAGGAUCAUGUCCUCUCGUUCAUGGACCCCCUUCCCCUUCACAAGGUCCCCGGUAUCGGAGGGCGUAUCGUUUCUGUCCUGGAAAACGCCGUCCGCUCGCAUCCCCCGAACCCCGGAUCAGCCUCCUUCCGCGAGUCCGGGCCUGGUCCCAUCACGGUCUCGCAAGUCCGCACGCACCCCUCCAUAACACCGUCCUCCCUCGAACGCCUGCUUCAAGGCACAUCAACCUCGACGUUCGAGCGUGGCCUAGGGCCCAAGCUCUGGGCUCUCCUUCACGGCGCAGACACGAGCGAGGUAAAGCCCGCACGGGACGUGCCCGUGCAAAUCGGGGUCGAGGAUACGUAUCAUGCUCGGGGAGGGCUGCAAACACAGGAACAAGCACGUCGAGCGAUCGUGGAGCUGACGGUGUCGCUUUUAAGGAGAAUAAGGGGCGAUUUAUGCGUUGAGGAGCCUUCGUCUGGAAGGGUUCUGAGCGUGGGGGGUGGUUCGGGGUCAGGCUCGGACUCGAGCUCGGGGAAAAAAGCCAAAGUCAGAUGGCUCGCUCGACCGAGAACAAUCCGCCUCUCCUCUCGCGCGAACGACAGCUCCGCGCCGUAUACGCAACGCGUGUCACGGAGCGCGCCGCUGCCUUCUUUUGUGUUUAGCACGGAUAUCCCAGUCCAGCAGAUGGCGGAGAGGUUGGUGAAUGAGACGCUCUGGCCGCUGUUGAUGAAGAUUUUGCCACAGAUUGCUCCAUCGGAGAAAUCGAGGCUGCCGCCGCAUGAGACGGGGGGAUGGAACAUCGGGCUGAUCAAUAUCGCUGUGACGAAUAUGAAUGGGGACGGAACCACUUCAGGCAGAAACCAAACCAUCCAAAACAGUUUCUCCAGCUGGCGAAUGGGCCGAUCUACAGGCGGCGUGGCCAGCAGCGCCAAAGAAGGGCAGGAGAAGAGGGAAGCAGAUACCGCCAGCGACGAGACCUGUCUACAAGCCCAAAAGAACGAGGACGAGAUAAGGGGACAAGAAGGUUCAAAACCAGAAUCUACACCAAAUCUAGGCUUAGUUUCUGAAGCAAGGCUUGAACCACACUCACCACUCCAACGACCCAGCCCCAACCCAGAAAAACCAGCGAUACCGCAAAUCCUGGGCAAACGUCCCGCCUCCUCCUCCUCCUCCUCCUCCUCCUCCUCCUCCUCCUCCUCCUCCUCCUCCUCCUCCCCCCUCUUCCAAGAACGGCUGGACUCGUCAAACCCAAAGCCAAACGACAUUACCGCCAAGCACGACGAGAAUAAUCCCCCCACUACCAUGUUUACCGCUCCUUCAGCCCACACUCUCCCCAGCGAAGACACCCACGAAGUUUACCAAUCCUGGGAUAUAAACGAAGACAACCCCGCCGAUACCCUAGAUUAUCUUACCGAAAACCAUGACGACGACCGCGACGAAGACUCCUACCUCUGCCCCCUCUGCAACCAACACAUCCCUUUCUUCGCCGCCACCGCACACAACCGGUUCCAUGAAACGGCUGAUGAGGACUGA